GUGCGCAGGCGCGCCCGUCGCCCGGCCGGUAGCUAGGGAGGCCCAGCGGUGAUCCCGAGGCCUUGUAGGAGUCGCAGCCCCGGCCCUCUAGGGGCCGACGGAGGCGUGCAGGGGAAGUUAGCUUGAGCCUGUCUCGGCAGCCGUGCACGAGAAGAAAAGGACCUUCGAGAAGAACAAGGGAGGGCAGGAGUCACCGAGUACAGGGACAUCUAUGUGGCCGCUCUGCUUUCCCGCCGUCACCUGCUGUUGACCUCCUGCCGCAUCGCGGUGUCCGGAGCCGCCUGGCCUGGAGUAUGCGCUGAGCGUCACCUAGGCAACCACCCCUGCACCUGUGGAUCAGGGUCUCGCUCUGUUGCCAAGGGUGGAAUGCAGUGUCGGGAUCAUAGCUCACUACAGACUUGACAUCCUGGACUCAAGAGAUCCUCCUGUGUCAGCCUCCCGAGUAGCUGAGACCACUGGCGCGCGACAAAUAAUUUAAAAGUGGGAGGAGGGGAACAGAACCACAUCAAAUGGCAGAUAUCAUAGAAUGAGAACUGAAUAUACACGUUUUGUGGGAAACGCGUUCUUUUCCCCUUUCUCUAAGAUUCGCUUUUAAUUCACUAGCCACUAACUAGUUACCUAUCUCAUUAAAGAUAUAAAAAACAAAACGUAGUAGUGCCUUUUUAAGUAUGAGGUACUUGUUAAUUAUAUAUCACUUUCUUCCAUGCUAUCGUUGAACUGUCUUUGAUGUAGCACGACCUUAAAAGCAGAGCUUUUAUACCACAAGGUCUUUCAACCCUUGUGAAAUUUAACCACCCAUUGACAUUCACCUCUUUAGAGAACUAGAAAUUUUUUCCUAAAACAUAUUUCAAAAAGUUGUUGAGAUACAGUAAACAGAAAUAAACCUAAGAAAUGCUGAUUAUUUGUAGUCACAAGCAUUAAGUCCUUUGCUACGAGGAAGUGUCUGAGAAACUAUUCGUGUAUUUUUCUUAAACAACCUAGGCUUGCACAGGAUCACAAAGAAAAAUCUGAAAUUCAAGGUCCGCUGGAGAAGAAAGAAAAUCAAAAUGGCUACAAUUGGCGUUGUGUAUUAAAUAAAAUUGAAGGUACAAAGAAAGACCCAGUCAGUACUAACUAGUACUGUCAAGAUCACAUUCCUCUCCCACUCCUGCACACUCCACUCUUCAAGAAGAUAAAUCCUCAACCAUCUGUUUUUCCUAGCUGGUCACACAGACAAAAUACCAGUAGACAAGCUCCAGCAGAGGGUGGCCAGAUGUGGUGCCUGGAGCGACUCCGCUUGGGUCCUGAGUGCCUUCGGCAGAGCGGAGACUGGCUUCUCCCGGGUCGGGCCCGCGGAGCCAAGUCUCGCACCACCGCCGCGUGCGCAAAUGUGCUCACUCCGGACCGCAUCCCCGAGUUCUGCAUCCCGCCGCGGCUCAUGCCCCGCCUGGCCUUGGCUGCACUCCGGGAUUCUUGGGUCGAAGAAGCAGGGACGGACGAGGGCGCCGGCCGCACGGACUGGGACCCGCGCUCGCAGGCCGCGCUGUCACUGCCGCACCUGCCCCGUGUGCGCACCGCCUACGGCUUCUGCGUGCUGCUCGAGAGCCCGCACACGCGCCGCAAGGAGUCGCUCCUGCUCGGGUGUCCGCCCGCGCCCCGGCCCCGGGCCUACACCUACGGCGGCGGCGGCGGCCCGGACGCCCUCCUGGGGACCCUGCGCAUCCCGCGAGCUCCGGGCCCGGCCACCCCCGCGGCCCCCGGCUGUCCCCGCCCGCCCCAGGACGCGCUCGCCCGGCGGCCCCGCGGCUGCCGCCUCCUGCGUGUCCCCGACGGGCUGCUGAGCCGCGUGCUGCGGGCGGGGAGGAGUCGCCGCCUGGCCCGCGUCCGCUCCGUCUCCAGCGGGAACGAGGACGAGGAGCGCCGCGCGGGCUCCCAGUUCCCGUUCCAGGCCCCCUCCGCGAGCCCGCCGUCGUCCCGGGUCUCGUUUCCCGAGCGCCUGGAGGCCGAGGGCACCGUGGCUCUGGGCCGCGCCGGCGACGCCCUGCGCCUGGCCGCUGAGUACUGUCCGGGAACCGGGCGCCUCCGCCUCCGGCUGCUCCGCGCCGAGAGCCUGGCCGGAUGCGCCCCCGGGCCCCGAGCCGUCAGCUGUUGCCUCAGCCUCGUCCUGCGGCCGCCGGGCACCGCGCGUUGGCAAUGCAGCGCUGUGGUGGGGCGCAGCCGCAAGGCCUCCUUUGACCAGGACUUCUGCUUCGACGGCCUCUCGGAGGACGAGGUGCGCCGCCUGGCCGUUCGAAUCAAGGCCCGGGACGAGGGCCGCGGCCGGGAGCGGGGCCGCCUGCUGGGCCAGGGUGAGCUGUCCCUGGGCGCCCUCCUGCUGCUCUGAGGGCCCAGCCCUCCCCGGGGCGCUCUGCCUGGGGGACUCCGGACACUGACAGCCACGUGGUACAAAAUAAACGUGUAUUUGUUGUUCUCAUCAGGCCUGUUUCAGUCCAACACCGGCAGAGAUGAUUCUAGAUUAACUAUCCCAGUAAAAGAUGUGAUAUUUUCCAUAGAUACCUCCAGAAUUCUUUUCAGCAAAUGGAAUGGUUCUACAGUGUUUCCCAAUACAGACAGCCAUUUGCAUACCAUAUGUACCACACACGCCUGGGAAAUAAUGAAUCACAUGAAGUGUUAGAACUAGAAAGUGCCUUGGCGAUCUAUUUGCUCCAAUCACCUCAUUAUAAAAUUGGUGCUUUCCACAACAUGCAUCGAGACCAUCUUGGAGCAUUCACUUUUGAAGCAUUUUGUUUAAGACCCCGGAUAAGAAAAAUGAGGGCAAUAGAGGUGAAGUGACUUGACGAAGAUCAACAGUGAAUUAUUAGUUGGAAUGCAGUCUGAUACUCCUAGCUAUAUCUUACUGGAAAAGCAUUGGAGAAAAUGAAACCCUUUUAUGUUCUAAGCUUAAAUAAUAGUUAUAAUAGGCUAGGUGUGGCGGCUCACGCCUGUAAUCCUGGCACUUUGGGAGGCCGAGGCAGGCAGAUCGCUUGAGCCCAGGAGUUUGAAACCAGGCUGGGCAACAUGGCAAGACCGCGUCUCCAUAAAAAAUACAAAAUUUAACCGGACGUGGUGGCACGCACCUGUAGUUCCAGCUACUCUGGGGCUGAGGCGCAAGGAUCACCUGAGCCUGGGAGGUCAAGGCGGCAGUGAGCCGAGGUCGUGCCACUGCACUCCAACCUGGGCAACCGGAGUGGCACCCUGUCUGCAAAUAAUAAUAAUAAUAAUAAAUAGUUUUACAAGUGUUAAUUUGUUUAUGUUUUAACCCCCAAAAGGAGGCACUGCUAUGCCCAUUUUACAGAUGAGGAUAUUGAGGCACAGAAUCAAGAGCAGAGUCAGAAUUUGAACCUAGACAAUCGGUAUUUCACUCAUUACUCUUAUGUAGGUAAUACCACAGUGUCUAAAGGGCUCACUAUUAAAGUUGCGAGAAUUGUGUAACUUCUCUCUGAAACUGUUGACUCUGAAGUUCGUGUCUACUUGCAUUCCUCAUCCUGCUUUUGGUGAAAAAGCAAAUUGGUUGAAAUGAAUAAUUUAUUGUCUCAUGCUAAUAACUUCAGGCAUUGAGAUGAGCUGAUGGGUCUAAGGCUCUGAGGAAGAAGCUAACUGGCCUCAGAAUCAUAGAAAUGGGUGCCAGCAUUGUUGUAACCAGGUGAGCUAAUCUGCUGGAACAGGCAGUGGAGAGUAUACAGAUAGCAUGGUUUUACCUCUGGCUUCUGAUAAUAAUUCCAGAUUUAACAAUCCUGUUUUAGAGGACGAUUUUCCCUCAUCCCUUGAAUUCACUGCCAGUAGGACAUUUUUUCUUUUUUUAUGCAAAUAGGAAAAUGCAACCUAAGUGAGGGUUUAAAAAAUUGAAAAUAUUUAAAUAUACAGGAUGGUGUUAAAUAUGACUCCAUUAUCAAUCUGGAUUCAGAAAUGGUUUCUGCUUUAUUUCAUUUUAUCUUUUAGAAACAAGGCCUAACUCUGUCACCCAGGCUGGAGUGCAGUGGUGCGAUCAUAGCUCACUGCAGCCUCUACCUCCUGACGCAAGCUAUCAACCCUCCUUGGCUUCUCAAAGUGCUGGGAUUAUAGGCGUGAGCCACCAUGCCCGACCAGUUUCUGCUUUUAUUAAAAUUGUUCACAGUUUUAUCCAUUCAUGUUCAUUAAAAAUGCUAUUUAGAAAAGAGUUUGAUAAAAUAAAUAUUGUACAAAAUUCAAAGAAAAAAAGAAAAGAGUUUCUGUUUUAGUCACAAAUUAGGGUUAUUGUGACGUGUAUUUAUGAUGACUGUUGAACAAACGUGAAGAAUACUGUGAAUUCUAUGACUCUGUCAAAAUCAGCCACAUCCAGAAGCUUGCAGUUGUUGACCAAAUGAAUGAGGACAUACAGUAGUUCAGAUCUAUCAUGUGCUCUUCUAUCUAAUCAGUCAAUAUUUCCUUGGCCCUCAAGCCAACAUUCAUUUUUUAUGUAUAAUCUUCUUCAUGAUUUUGAA